GACUUGGGAAGUGACGCAUCAGGGGUGGGAGAGCUGCAGAUCGCUUUCCGUUCGCCACUACUAUGUCUGCGCUGACGCGGCUGGCACCUUUCGGUCGCGUCGGAGGCCGCCUGCUCCGGGGCUGCCGAGCGCGGGCGGCUGGAGACGGUGGAGUCCGUCAUGCUGGCGGUGGGGUGCAUAUUCCGCCCAAGUACAGGGAAUUUCCCCAGCUUACCCGGAAACAGGUGAUCUAUGGUGAGUUCUUAAGCUCACUCAUGUGGUUCUGGAUUCUCUGGCGCUUUUGGCAUGACUCGGACGCUGUGCUGGGCCACUUUUCAUAUCCAGAUCCUUCACAAUGGACAGAUGAAGAAUUGGGGAUCCCUCCUGAUGACGAGGACUGAAGGUAUAAACUUAACUCUGUACAGGAGCAAGGUGAGAAGUUUCAAGAAAUUACAGCCUUCAUAUUUAAAGUUGUAAAUUAAAGUGGUUUGCCAAGAAUGAGGAACUGAGUUAUGUUUCUGGUGACAGCUAUCAUUUAUUCUAUUCU